UAGUCCAUACGUUUAUAGCAAGUCAGGGCCUGGCUCUGCCUUCUGUCUGAAAUGAAGGAGACGAUGAUGCGGCGGCGCACCCUCAUUCUCUGCGAGCAACUCUCAGUUCCAUCGUUUCAAAUUAUAGAGAUAAACGCAGAUGUGGGAUGUGUCCGUUGUCAAGACAGAGUCUCUCAGAUUGUUUCCAAGAUGACCGGAAUCGAAGAAUACGUAGUUGAUUUGAAGAAGAAGCUGGUCAUGGCACGAGGCGACUUCAGGGCACGUCUGGUUACUCAUCAUCAACAAGUCAAGGACGUCGUUGUCUCUCAAACUCCUUCUCAAAACACCACCAAACACCUCUUCUUUCGACCUCUUAACCUCUUCUUUCGCUCCAUUUUCUCGCUUUGUUUACGUCCAACCACAUUAUAAAAUUCUCUCACUUACACUA